UUUUUUAUUUUAUUUUUUACAUAAAAACAACACUAUUUUGUUAAGACAGACAGAAAAGGAGCGAACGAUCCAAAAACCUCGAACACUUGUUGGAUCUCAUUCGGGUGAAAAUGGGGAAGAAAUUAGGUAGGGUACAGUUGCUGUUGAUGUUAAUAUUAUUGGUUGAAAAUGGCGAUUGCAUAUGGUUGAAUUUACCCAAAUCGGGAAGGAAAUGCGUCACGGAAGAAAUCCACAACAACGUCGUCGUUUUGGCUGAUUACGUCGUCAUCUCCGAUGUUCAUAUUCACCCCACCCCCUCCAUCACCACCAAGGUCACAUCACCUUAUGGAAACAUCCUUCACCAUAAGGAAAACGCGACUCAUGGACAAUUUGCAUUCACUACAAAUGAGGCCGGGCAGUAUCUGGUGUGUUUCUGGGCAGAUGACCCUAAUCAAGGUGGAGCUUUAAGUGUUAAUAUUGACUGGAGAACUGGAAUAGCAGCAAAAGACUGGGAGUCAGUUGCAAGAAAAGAAAAAAUUGAGGGGGUUGAGCUCGAGUUGAGAAAGCUUGAAGCAGCUGUGGAGGCCAUUCAUGAUAAUCUUCUCUACCUCAAGAGCAGAGAGGCAGAAAUAAGAGAAGUGAGUGAGACUACAAAUUCUAGAGUGGCCUUGUACAGUAUAUUGUCAUUAAGCAUUUGCAUUGCUGCUUCUAUUGCACAACUAUGGUACUUGACUCGCUUCUUCCAAAAGAAGAAACUAAUCUAGAAUCAGGAUUAGCUUGUGUUUAAUUUUUCUGACAAUUAUGAUAAAUUUAAAAUUUCUUUACACCA